AUGGCCGACACCGCAAAGACCGAGACCAAGGCCGCCGCGCCAGCUGUCACGAAGCCAGAGCGUCCGAGUGAGGAGGAAUAUAAGGAGAAGUUAGGCAAGGCAGAGAAGGAACUCAAGGCUGCCGAGGAGCGCAUGAAAGCAGUCAAGGCCAAGAUCGACAACGCACGCCCUCAGAACAAGGACUCUCCUGUCUCGAAGCGUCAGCAAGAACUGCGAACUGAGCUUGCCGGCAUCCGCCAGCAACAGCAAUCGAGCAAGUCCGGCCGCACUCAGAUCCUUGACAAAAUCCGCCGCCUGGAUGAAAACCUCAAGUCCCGCAUCACCGAGUCGAAGAAUGCCCGCAGCAAGGUCCAGUUCAAGUCCGCCGAUGAGGUCCAGAAGAAGAUCGACGAACUCCAGAAAGAUGUGGACUCUGGCAAGAUGAAGCUCGUGGAUGAGAAGAAGGCUUUGGCAGACAUCUCCCAGUUGAACCGUCUCAAGAAGGGCUUUGCCGGAUUCGACGAGUCGCAGAAGGGCAUCGACGAGACAAAGGCACAGAUCGCCGAGUUGAAGAAGCAGCUCGAGGAUCCAGAGCAAAAGGCGCUGUCAGACCGUUAUUCCAAGAUCCAGGAAGAACUCGACUCCAUCAAGGCUGAGCAGGACGGCGCCUUCAAGAGCCUCAACACUUUGCGCGACGAGCGGACGAAGCUUCACGAGGACCAACAAAAGAAGUGGGCUGCUGUCAAGGAAAUCAAGGAUGCAUACUUCGAGCAACGCCGCGCUGCCAUCGCAUACGAACGUGAAGCCAAGCGUGUGCGCGAAGAGAAGAGACGGGCUGAGAACGACGCUUACUUCCGCGGCAAGAGGCAAGAGGCAGCCAAGUCGAAGCUCGAGGAUGCAAGCGCCCCAGCAUACCAGGACGAGAUCCGCACGACCCAGGCCCUCCUUGCCCACUUGGACCCAUCUUCUGUCGGCAAGCAAGAAGCGUCUGGCCCUGGCAAAUUCGCAGCUACCGCAUCACGAACCGUCGACGCAUCUGGCAUCAAGGGAACUGCUUUGAAGAAGAAGGGUGACGAAGAGGAGAACUACUUCAUUGGUGGUGGAGGCAAGAAGAAGAAGGGCAGGGACCAGAGAGAUUCUGCCGCCAACGGAACUUCAUCGCCUGCGCCAGAGGGCGGCAAGUUCAACCUCGACCUCGGAACUAUUGACAGCCUCGCCAAGAUUGGCGUCGACCCGCCUAUGUCCCAAGCUGAUGUGCCGACCGUGGUUGAGAAGCUGAAGGAGAAGCUCGAUUUCUGGAAGAAGGACCAAGAACGCGCCACUAAGGAGAACGUCCAAAAGGCUCAGGCCGAAAUCGACCGUCUCGAAGCCGAAGCCGCCAACGCGGAUAACAAGGCCGCAUCUAGCGAAACCGCCCGCAAACCCGCCACCGAAAAGCAGCAAGUCAACGGAUCCGCCUCCGCUGGCGCCGAGCUCGAACAGGAGAAAGACGCCGCCGCCGACGUCUCCGAGGACCUGAAGAAGGCCACCAUCGAGGACAAGGAGGCCCCAGAGCCCACUACCGCUUAG